CUCCUAAGGAAUUCUAAAAUACACUUAGAAGAUGUUAAAAUAUCAAAUAAUAUUUUAGUGGUUAGAAAAAUGAUAGAUAGCCUAAUAUACAUAAAAUGGAUGACUUGGUCAGUAACUGCCCCUUAAUGUAAUUAGUUUGAGAAAAGGCCUGCCCAAAUUAUAGUCACAGAGCAUUUUCAAAAGCAGGAAAAUGGUUUCAGAAUUCAUGAAUACUAAAUAAGACAGUCAAUGGCUGACUAAUUUACUUUUGAUUACAGAGAAUCAAAGGACAAGAUGGACAGCAGUAAUUGUAAAGUUAUCGCUCCUCUUCUAAACCAGAGAUACAGGAGGAUGGUCACCAAAGAUGGCCACAGCACACUGCAGAUGGAUGGUGCUCAAAGAGGUCUUGCCUAUCUUCGAGAUGCAUGGGGAAUCCUAAUGGACAUGCGCUGGCGUUGGAUGAUGCUGGUCUUUUCUGCUUCUUUUGUUGUCCACUGGCUUGUCUUUGCAGUGCUCUGGUAUGUUCUAGCUGAGAUGAAUGGUGAUCUGGAACUAGAUCAUGAUGCCCCACCUGAAAACCACACUAUCUGUGUCAAGUACAUCACCAGUUUUACAGCUGCAUUCUCCUUCUCCCUGGAGACGCAACUCACAAUUGGUUAUGGUACCAUGUUCCCCAGUGGUGACUGUCCAAGUGCAAUCGCCUUACUUGCCAUACAAAUGCUCCUAGGCCUCAUGCUAGAGGCUUUUAUCACAGGUGCCUUUGUGGCGAAGAUUGCCCGGCCAAAAAAUCGAGCUUUCUCAAUUCGCUUUACUGACUUAGCAGUAGUAGCUCACAUAGAUGGCAAACCUAACCUUAUCUUCCAAGUGGCUAACAUCCGACCCAGCCCUCUGACCAGUGUCCGAGUCUCAGCUGUACUCUAUCAGGAAAGGGAAAACGGCGAACUCUACCAGACCAGUGUGGACUUUCACCUUGAUGGCAUCAGUUCUGAGGAGUGUCCAUUCUUUAUCUUUCCACUAACCUACUACCAUUCUAUUACACCAUCAAGUCCUCUGGCAACUCUACUCCAGCAUGAAAACCCUCCCCACUUUGAAUUAGUUGUGUUCCUGUCAGCAAUGCAGGAAGGUACUGGUGAAAUCUGCCAAAGGAGGACAUCCUACCUACCCUCUGAGAUCAGGUUACAUCACUGUUUUGCAUCUCUGAUGACCCGAGGUUCCAAAGGUGAAUAUCAAGUCAAGAUGGAGAAUUUUGACAAGACUGUUCCUGAACUUCCAACUCCUCUGGUCUCUAAGAGCCCACACAGGACUGACCUAGAUAUCCGUAUCAAUGGACAAAGCAUUGACAAUUUUCAGAUCUCUGAAACAGGACUGACAGAGUAAGACUUAAGCAUGCCAUCCUAUCUUUUAAUGUAUUAAAUAUAUCCUAGCCAGUUAUGCAGUUACUUUUCCUUCAAUGUAUCUCGUUUUCUUUUUUCAAUGCUGAUUACAUCUAUCUGAUUACAACAAGGUAAUCAAUCAUGUCUCUGUCCACCAAAAAAAAAAGGCUGCACCAUCAAUACACAUUCUGAGAACAUUCCUACCAUGCUUUGGUCUAUGGUUAUCUACUGACAUCAAUACAACUCAACUUGACAGAUAUUUGUA